ACCAAAGUGAAAUUAAUCCAAUGAAAAACACAACAGUGUGAACCAGUGUAAACUUACAGGGCAUGAGUCUCACCGACGUGAAUGAGCAUGUUUGUCUUCCCAUGUUUGCCAGUAAGUAAGCAAACCGAAUAAGACGUUAGCUAAGUUACCUUUCAGAUGUUAAACAUGGUUUUACCAGCGACAUGAUAUGGUCUUUGACAGUCAACUGUUAUCAUCGACAUGUCGGUUGUUUUGCUACUAGCCUAGCCUUUGCUACAGUGUUAAGCCGAUAAAGUGAACAUGCAGCAGACAGACUGAAUGUGUCAGCGAGACUAACAUUCCUUGUCAAGUCUAGACAUGCCCGAUUCCUUAUCAAGUGAACCUGGUUCGAAGGUUUCGGACCCACAACAUUCCCAGAAACUCCUCAGAGUCCUCCGCCUGUUCUGGCAGGAGCAAAGUUUCCAUGAUGCGCUGCUGGUGGUGGAUGGCGAGGAGCUUCCUGUCCAGAAGAACAUCCUGGCUGCUGCCAGCCCUUAUGUCAGGACCAAGCUGAACUACAAUCCUCCAAAGGAAGAUGGGUCUACCUACAGAAUUGAGCUGCAGGGGGUCUCCAUGCCCAUCAUGAAACAAAUCCUGGACUACAUUUUCAGCGGAGAAAUCACUCUGAAUGAAGAGACCAUCCAGGACAUGGUUCAGGCGUCUGACCUACUCCUCCUGACCGACCUGAAGGACCUGUGCUGCCAGUUCCUAGAGAGCUGCAUCACUGCAGAGAACUGCCUCGGAAUCCGGCUCUUUUCUUUGCACUACUGCCUUAACCAUGUUCACUACGUCGCCACGGAGUUCCUGCAGACACAUUUUGGCGAUGUGGCCCUCACUGAGGAGUUCAGGGAGCUGCCCGCGGACCGCCUCUGUGAGGCGCUGGCCAUGGAGAAACUGAAUGUGGGCAACGAAAGGCACGUCCUGGAGGCUGUGGUGCGAUGGUUCGGACAUGACGCAGAGGAUCGCAAGGUACACAUGAAGCAAGUGAUGUCUGCAGUGUGGCAGCAGGGUCUGGAUGCAAGCUACCUGAAAGAGCAGGCCAUGGGAGAGCCGCUGAUGAGGGAGGUGAUCAGAGAGUACUGCCAGCAGGUGCUGGGCGGCGGCCCCCUGCAGGGUGAGGCUCUGCUCGCCGCCUUCAAACCCAGAGGUUACUCAGAAUGUAUUGUCAUAGCCGGAGGAGAGGAUCGCAAAACCAGGAAGCCGACCUCUGAGACGCGCUGCAUGUGUCCGCUCUACGACUCCAGCAGGCAGGCCUGGAUUACGCUGCAGCCCAUGAGCGCCCCCCGCCUGGGCCACGGGGUCGUCACUGCCGAGGGUUUCCUGUUUGCGAUCGGCGGAGCAGAUGAACACAACACAGUCCUAGACAGUGGAGAAAAAUAUGACCCUGACACCAACACCUGGAGCCCUAUACCCCCAAUGCUACAGCCGCGUCAGAACUUUGGCGUGGUGGAGCUGGACGGUCUGAUCUACGUCCUCGGAGGAGAGACCAAAGAAAGAGAGCUGACCACUGUGGAGGUGUUCGACCCUCACUGCAGUGCCUGGAAAAUGCAGACCAGUAUGACCAUGAUCCGCAAGGUGGGUUGCUACGCCUCCAUGAAUAAGAAGAUCUAUGCCAUCGGCGGGGGCUCCUACGGGAAGCUGUUUGACUCCGUUGAAUGCUACGACCCGAAAACCCUGCAGUGGACGGGCCUCUGUCCUCUGAAGGAGAGAAGGUUUGGGUCGGUGGCGUGUGGCGUUGGCAAGGAGCUCUACGUGUUUGGCGGAGUGAGAAGCAAAGAGCAAGAAAACCCAGAGCAAAGGCAGAUGAUGACCUGCAAGUCUGAGUUCUACCAUGACGAGAUGAGGAGGUGGAUGUUCCUGGAUGAUCAGACCCUGUGUAUCCAGACCAGCUCCUCCUUCGUUUAUGGCGCUGUGCCCAUCGGAGCCAGCAUCUAUGUGGUUGGAGACCUGGACACCGGAACAAGUUUCGACUACAUAAGGGAGUUUCGCCGCAGUACUGGGACGUGGCAGCGCACCAGACCCAUGUUACCCAACGAUCUCUCCAAAACAGCGUGCGCAGCCCUGCGCAUCGCCAACUGUCGACUGUUCCGCCUGCAGUGGAGCCAGGACAUGUUCCGGGUCCGAGUGUGACCCUGUGGACGCCACACUCCACUUUUGCACGCUGCUUCUGUCUACCUGCUGUACGUCUGGGUUUGGGGAUUUUAAGAACACUAAAGUAUUAUAUUGGCUAGAGUUGAGGGUUGUGACUCUCAGUUCACGGGCUUAUACGAGAAUGAGACACAGGAUAAAAGUUCAUAUUUUUUACAUCAUAGGUUUAAUGGCUUUUUUUAUAAACCUUUAAUAUUUUUUGCUUUUUACUGUGGGAAUUGCUUCAUAUUGUAAUGGACAUUCCUCAUCAGUAAUGUUAACUGGUGAACUGUUGCUUGGUGAGGGAUCAAACAACAAACAAUUAUUGAUAAACUGCUACUUAAAAUAAGUUAUAAAAGUGCUGUGUUACAAUUUGAGUUUUAGGAUGUUAUGUUUUUUAGUCUUGUAUUGUCCAUCUUUCUGGUCAAUCAUUAACAUACAUAAUCAUUUGACCUAAUAUUUGUUACAGCUGCAGUGGAGGUAUAAAUGCUAUAGUAAUAUAAAUCUUUAAGGGGAAGGCACACUUUGGUGUCGGUCCCUGACAAUCAGAGAGAACUGUGGUCUUUACAUAAAAUAACAAUGAUGUUGUGGGUUCGUUGCAUGGCACACUGUGCAAGUUGACUCUAAUAAAAUAUUGGUCGUAAUCUGUGUCAGACUACACUGUAUCACGUUUAGGACCAACUUUUUCAUUUACAUUGUAGAACUACCAUGUCAAUAUUUCAAUAAGUGCUCAAAAGUUCACAUUUGCAAGGGUAUCCAGCGUGACUUCAUGUCCUCUUGAUUUGAAGGCCAGUGGGGUGGGUGGGUCAACAAAAUGUCUGACUUUGAGACAUCAAUUAUUGAGACAUUUCCGUUUCCUGGCAACAGUCAACAUUACCAAGGAUUUAUUGUAGCAAUGACAACCGAAGGUCACCUUAACUAUGCAAUGUGGUCAUUUUGAAUCAAACCAAGAUCCCUCAGAGCAUUACUUUACAAAUACUUGUUGUCCAACAAAUGAUGUCAUUCUGCCGAUAGUGUUCAGGUCAGAAAGUUGACAAUGUUUUGUCACAUUUCUCACAAUUGUCAGUUUUGGCGCAGACGUCCCAAAAUAACAGUGUAAGGACCUUUAGUGCCAUGAUGAAUGAAUUAUGUGUGACAGUGUAGAUACACUUACUGCAGCAGAUGAUGAAGGUUGAUGGAAAAUGAAGACAUUAAUAAGUCACAAACUAAUCCCUGCAUGCGUUGUUCAGACUGGUCUUGCAUCAAUAGAAUGGAUGAAGGUGUAUUCUGAGAGACGGUGAAAUGCAAUAACAACAUUCACUGACCACAUCCUAGAAAGAUGAAUUCCACAGUUUCCACACACUAACUGAAUGUUAGCAUGUUGGAGCACAAGAGCUUGACUUUAGAUUGUAUCUUUGACCGAGCUCUCUGUGCCCAGCCUGUUCAGAAAUAGACGUUGCUCUGAGUCACUCUCUUGAGUUGCUGGAUGUGUUGCUGCCUUGCUGACCUCUGGCUUUCCAGUCAGAACAGUUUUGGCAUCCCUUGACCCCAUUUGUUCUGUGUGAGUUACAGCUGCUGCUGUCUAUCCUCCGCUCAGGGGCAGCACAUAAAGUGACACGCGCUCAGUGGAACUCGAGGACACACAUCAUAAUGUCAGAAAGGCAAUCCAACACACACAUUCGGCACAACCAGGGUGAACCAUAGCUCUAGUAGUAGAAGCAGUCUUUAAAUAGGAAGUAGUCAUUAAACGAGAUGAUCAUUCACAAUUACUUUAUAUUCAAGUUUACCAACACCUCGAUACUAAUGAUGAAAUAAAUAUUGUUUGGAGUGUUUUACAUACGUUAAAACAUCAUUUGGAUCAGAAUCUCAAUACUGUCAAUAAGCCAUUACAGCAAAAACGUUGUUUUGAUCAUAAUGUUCAGCUGAUCAACAAGCAAAAGGAAUUAUUUCAAUAUUGUGUAAGAUAUGGGAAUGUAAGUAUUGCCCCUGUGUUAAACCCAAGUGUAAAAAUGUCAGAAACAGGAAGGCUCUCUGACAGCAGCUGAAAUAAAGUUGUUCCUGAA